AUGUUUAAGUAUGUUUUCUAUGGAAUUAGUGGGUUACUAAGUGGUUGGCUUUUAAGAGAUAUAAUUUUUUUUUCAAUUAAGAAUAUAAACUCAACAAAUGGUAUCUUAUUAAAUAAAUUUAUUUGUAAGAAAGAUGAUUUUUUUGAAAAUAUAUUUGAAGAAUUAAGAUAUCGCUUUGAUCCACUAGAAUUAAAAAAAGGAUUUAAUAACUACAAUAUAUAUAUAAAAGAAAAUGACUAUUUUUUAGAGACAUUAUAUAUAGAAAACUGGAAUAAUAUAAAAAAUAUGAAUGAGUAUGUCUACAGUGAAGAAAAUAAAAAAAAUUUGCAUUAUUUGAAAAAUUUAAAUAUUUUUUUUUCUCCAUCCUUAUUUGUUUUAUUAAAACAUUAUAAUGGAAAUGAUAUCCCAAAUUAUUUAAAAAAAUAUAUGGAAUAA